AUGGGCAACUGUUUCUCGGACCCCUCCAGCCACCCUUCGAAGUCAAAGGCCCAAUUUACAGGCGGCGGACAACGCCUAGGGUCCGGUCCUGCACCUGCAGCAGCCGCUGUGGCGCCACCGAAACCUCAGCCUCGAUAUACCGAUCCACCGAGGACUCUGGGCGGGGCGGUGGGCGGAUCGCCGCCAGGGGCCGGUGCGGGCUCCGGAGGCGUAGGGGACGAGGAGCAGAGAGAGCGGAUGAGACAAGCUGCAGAGAUACGAGCCAAGAGUGCCUCGUCAAAGGGCGUCACAGCCUCAAAUCCCAAGGCAGGGCAACUAUCGGCAAAGCUCGCGGCGGAACGGAAAGCUGGGAUGACUUCCCCUAGACAGAAUGAUGAGAGGCUGAUGGACAAAGGAGAGUGGAAUUAG